GAUUAUCCAGGGGUCCAGUGGAUUGUCGGGGAGAUAGAAGAGAUGGGGUUGGGCUAUGAGAUGUUAACCGACGGUUCGGCUUCGAGUUUUACCCGCGUUUGCAGGACAGCGCACGGGAGAACAAUCUGGAGAGGAAAAGGAGGAAGAAGUGGGGAACGCGAAGAAGAGGAAAAGAAAUCUCAGAGUUCGUGGUCCUAGAAUACGUGGUCCGCUCGCCCACCAUCGCUGAGGGAUGGGAGAAAAACCGGAGUUUGAUGAACCCGCAACGGCGUCUCUGUAGACUGUGAAUGCAAGGGGAUAAAGUGCAUUGCUGCGUCCUCCGGGGUCUGGCAAAUCCACCACAUCGCAAUCGUUCGUCAAGGAACUGAAUCGGUGGUUGACAUAACGAAACGGAAUAGCACACUUCCGUUCUUAGUAAGCUGAAGCAAAAGUAACCUGAGGCUACCGGUAGUACUCUUCAUCGUAUUCCUGGGGCCAUUGCAGCAUGAAGGGGUCAGAUGUCGGACAUGAAGAACAGGGAACCUCGUCAUUGGAAUCGCCGCAUUCGUGAUUCUGGGGGGGGGAUUCCAUGAUAGAUACGUAGUGCAUUUCAAGUCAAAUAAUAGUAGAAUGGUGGAGUUGAACGGAGGGUUGUCGGCCUCUUAGGUCGUACAGCAAGGAGACGUCAGCAGGGAGAGAAAACGUCCGACUUCAAGAUGCUCUGCCUCUCUCUCAGCACAACCAUGGCACUGGAGGGGCGGACCCCUUUGGUUUGGGAAGUAGCAGAGUGCCAUUCUCACCAAGAACCUGUGUUUGCAGCUUCGUGCUGACCAUUCCUGUCGAGUACUUUUUUUCAUCUCAGUGAACGAACGACCUGACGUAUGUCAUAGCAUACCUGUGUUGUUGUUUAUUCUUCUAGGCUCCUUCAUAGAGUGGCAGAGAUUUCUGCUGUCCUCGUUGGUGCUGGGUUGCUGGACUGUGUAUAUUUAUAGGUUGACAUGGGUUUCUGCUGUCCUCGUUGGUGCUGGGGUGUUCACUCUUGGCAGGCAGGUGAUGUUGGUGAGGCAAGAUGAGAUGCACACAAGAAAGAUGGUUUAUUGAUUUCUUUCAAUGCUCUCAGGAAGCAUAUAUAGCAGGCGAGAGUGGGCACAUUGCAUCCAGGUAAACUGAGUGGAAGGAGACUGUAAGGAGAACAGAGCUGUAGUUCUCAUCAACCUCCCUUCUUACACUCUUGCCCAAAUCAUGGGAAAUAGUCACCUCCUUUUUCUAAGUGUGCAGCUUGUGGUGGUAUGGUGUAUUUCAUUGAUCUGGGGUAGCGACACUGGAAUGGCUUUACAUGGCGUGUCUAUCACUGGAAGAGUAAUGCAAGUUGGGGAGUGGAAUCAAGGUGCUGCAUUCGACUCCGUCCAAGGUAUGCCAUUUCACAGCACAUAUCAGCCAUCAAAUCGACGAAAGAUGAGGGAAGAGGCAGGGGUUGAGGUCGUGAACCCACUACUGCUGACCUUUAGGGAUAUCCUUGCAGUUAAUGGCAGUCUUUCGGAGGGUUAUCGUCAGGAGAUUCGGGGUGUGGAUGUCGCCACAGACAAGAACACAGUUUACUAUGUGGAAAGGACUUGUCCGGACAACACGACUGACGGAGUGUGUUCUUCCAGUGUCAAGUCAGCUGCUCCCUUUGAGCGAGGUGGAUUCUACAACAUCUCCCAGAUUGUAAAGCCCGAAACCUUCAAUGGCACCACUUCAGGACUGUGCGGGGUGGUACUGAUUGACGGGACAAGUUUGCUUAUCGCAGAUACUAACAGGUCCUGUUUCUGGAAAGUGGACCUGAUGACAAAGGAGCUGCAGAAUAGAAACGUGACCGUGUCUGAUUCCGCGGAUAGAAGAGUCCUUUCCCCUGUUCGGCUUGCAUUGGACUCGGAUCCAAAAAGGCCAGCAUUGUUUGUAACUUCCAUGUACCGAGUUAUCAUGAUAGAUGGAUAUACCGAUCCUUUUCAAGCACCACCAGAAUCGGUACGGAGACUUGCGGGACCGGUUGAUUCCAAUCCCGACACGACUGGGUAUACGGAUAGCCACAUACAUCAGGAUGUUCGCUUUGGGUUGCCGAUGAUAGGGCCGAGGUCUUAUUCCAAGUGCGGACGCAGCUUGUAUGUCGGCGACGCAAAGAAUAAUGUGGUGAGGCAGAUCAAUACUAAUACGGGGGCGACGACGACAAUAGCUGGAAUCAAGAACUCAAGUGUGUCAAGCAGCGUUGAUGGACCUGCACAAAAUGCGACAUUAUAUAGACCAUCGGCUUUGGCAAUAACAAGAGACUGCUGUAACUUGUUUGUUGCUGAAGAAGCUGUUGAUGGUAGUCAUGGCGGAGCAAUCCGUUGGCUUACAUUACGGCACCAGGAUGGGGAAGUACUGAAUGUCACGACAGUUGCCUUCAUUAAUGCGAGCUCUCCGCUGAACUUCACAGCACUGACUCUUUCACAGGACGAUGACUUCAUGUAUGCAGGGACCACUGGAGGUAACAUUUUCCAGCUCAUCUUGAACAGAUCUCUUCUUCAUCAAUGUCCAAGAGCACCUCGUCAGGGAGAAAAUAACUACUGGGUUAUUAUACUUACUGUAACUUUAACAUCGGUAACAUGCAUUGCUACCAUUCUGGCUGUCGUGUUUUACCGGAGACACCUAUGUAAGUCCCGUAUGAACGGUCAAGAAUAUCAGUUGGGAGUCCCUCUGCGCCAAGCAAAGCAAACCGAGACUCGAGAAAAGGGUUUCAAUCCACAGGAUAAUGCGGAUAGCGACUCCCGGUCCUGGGGGGAAGCCUCAGACAGUGGCAGCUUUGCGGAGGUGAAUACCGCGGAGGAUUUCGAGCGAGUGGUAGACAAGUAUCACAUCAGGCUUGAUGAAACCAGGGAGUUUGCACUUGCCAAGCUGAUGGAAGCAACAAACAACUUUGGGGAGGACCAUCUGCUGAGCGGUGUGAGAGGGGGAUAUGGUGACAUGUACAGGGCGUCACUGAGGGUUGGCCGUCGGCAAAAGGAUGUUGCCAUUAAGCGUAUGAGAGGGGAGUUGACGGAAAUGAAGUACAACCAAUUUCGUGCAGAGGUCAUAAUGCUCAGCCGCCUUAGGCAUGAGAAUGUGUGCCGGUUGAUAGGGUAUUGCAAAGAGGGAGGCCAUGGCAUCCUUAUCUACAAGUUCAUCUCAGGUGGCAGUCUGCAUGAUAGGUUGCAUGGAGGUCAAGAGAAAUCGGUUUUGAGUAACAAGUCACAAUCAAGGGAGGAUGACUCACAAUCACGGAGUAGCAAGUCACAGACGAUUACAGACGCCACUUCCAGCACUUGUGACAAUCCUCUUUUAUUAUCAAUAACAGAAGCAGGAGCUGAAUUGAGCACAGCGAAAACAGAAUUAUGUUGGGGAGAACGUCUGUUGAUUGCACUGCAGGUGGCCACUGGUUUGCGGUACCUGCACCAUGAGGUGAAACCAAGGGUUGUGCACCGCGACAUCAAAUGCCACAAUGUGUUGAUAGAACGAACAGAGGGGUCCAGGAGGAUGCGUGCAAUCAUUAUUGACUUUGGGCUUGCCAAACUUGAUGCUAGCUAUGUCCCUGAAUCAGAUUUGACGUGUGGUGAUGAAGAGGCGCUGACUAUCCGUACUCUAGCUCGAACAGGCACUCCUGGCUACAUGGCACCAGAAUAUGCCUGUCGCAGAGAAGUGACCCCAAAGACUGAUAUCUAUGCUUUCGGAGUUGUUCUUCUGGAGUUGGUGACUGGGAGGAAGGCAGUGGAGAAAGUGAUUUCUGCCGAUGGGCGUCAAGUUGGCGCUGUCAAUCUUGUUCAGUGGUCACGAAAAUGGCUCUCUGCCAAGAAGCCCAUUGACCCAGAUGUGAACCACAUCGAUCGGCUGGCCACAGGUUUCUUCGAUCCUCGCCUAGUCUCCGGUCUUACACCUACAGAAAAGAUGACGGUGCAUGAUGUCGCGCAACUGGGGUAUCAGUGCACCAUGGAUGAUGCAACGAAGAGGCCAAAGAUGAAGAAAAUUGUGCUGAAGCUUGAGGGAAUUAAGAAGAAUCUCAAACAAGAUCCAGAUGCCCUCAGCACAUUGCCAGAGCAGGGCAAAAGGUCGGACUCUUCUUCAGAUGAUUGUCAUAGUGGGAUGGUUGACAAAGACAUGAUGGGGGCAUUUGCCCCAGAACAGGUGGUGGAAUCUUAUGCGAAAGAAUAUAAAGUGAGUACUGAUAAGACGCGUCUGUAAUCGUCCCGCUCGCUAUUCAUUCGUUUACUUGUAAAGGGCGAGGGCCCUGAGGUAUCAUCAUUGAACUGACCGCCCCCAGGUAAUUCAGAAUUAUUUUUUCAUCCGAAAGCAUCUGGAUCAAAUUUGGGUCUAUAUUUCAACAGCUAAUGGGUGUAGCAACUGAGCUAGGCCCGAAUAUCCUUUCUUUUUUUAAGAAAAAGGCAACGGCCAUGAGAUACC